AUGGAUGUGAGAAUAAAUGUAUUCGUGGAAUUACAAGAACAUCAUCAGAGGAAAUUGAUUUCCAGAGUAAAGUACAAAUAUGAUUUGAAGAAGCAUGAUGAUGAUGAUGAUGAUGAUGAUGAUGAUGAUGAUGAUGAUGCAUUUGGUGUUAGUAGAAUGUGUGUUAUUGAUAGAAGAGUGAGUAGCAGUGUUAUGAAUAGUAGUAUUGAUAGUAGUGUGAAUAGUAUGAGUAGUAGUAAUGGUAGUGUCAGCUGUGUGCAUAUACUAUUAGUAGCUUCACACUGUAAAACAGGUCGACGUGGAUUCGACUACACUUGGGAGCAGUAG